CACCUAAUGUAAUGCUCUUGUCUUGCAGGGACUGAUUUUUCUUUGCCUACUGUGAGCUGGGUUUUUCAUGCCAUUGUCCUGCUCACCCAAACCAGGCCUCCUUCAGAGGAAGAAACAAACCACCUGUCUGUUUUGAGGGAGCUGUUGUUUUGAGGGAGAAGCUGAGAUGAAGCUCUUGCAGACGUGGAGCUGCAUCGCUUGCUUCCUCCUGGCCUAUACUGAAGCAGCCUCCAUGUACGGAGAGAUCCUGUCUCCCAACUACCCCCAGCCAUAUCCCAACGAUGCUCUGGAAUCCUGGGAAAUAAGUGUUCCUCCUGGCUAUGGAAUCCGCCUCUAUUUCACCCACCUGGAUAUAGAACCAUCUCAAGGCUGCGAGUAUGACUUUGUGAAGGUCCACUCUGGUGACAACAUUGAGGGUCAGCUCUGUGGACGGAAGAAAAGCCGCAAGCCUGGAUCUCACAUUGUGGAGGAAUUCUAUGUCCCAUACAACACUUUGACUGUCACAUUUCAGUCUGACUUUUCCAAUGAAGAAAGAUUCACCGGGUUUGCGGCUUACUACACUGCAGUGGACGUGAAUGAGUGCACAGAUUUUGUGGAAGCGGUCUGCAGUCAUUACUGCAACAACUACAUCGGUGGCUAUUUUUGCUCCUGCCCUUCCGAAUAUUUCUUGCAUGAGGAUCAGAGGACAUGCGGAGUGAACUGCUCUGGAAAUGUCUUUACUGAACUGUCUGGUGAGAUCAGCAGCCCCAACUACCCCAGCCUAUACCCUGAGAACUCACACUGUGAUUACCGUGUGAUCUUGGAGCCAGGGUACCGCGUGGUUCUGACCAUCGAUGGGAAGAAGGACUUCGACAUAGAGCCAGCGGACUCACAAGGAAACUGUCAGGAUGCCUUGAGAAUCUUGGCAGGAGACCAACACUUAGGUCCUUACUGUGGCAGUAUAUUCUCUGGUCCUCCAGAAAUCAAGACGAAAAGCAAUAUUGUGGACAUUUUCUUCCAAACAAAUGAAGCAACACAAGGCCGAGGCUGGAAACUCCGCUAUUUUGGGGACCCCAUGCCCUGUCCAAAGACCGUCAUUCCCAAUGCUGUGCUGGAUCCCACAAGAGACCAUUAUGUCUUUAAGGAUUCUGUGACGGUCACUUGUAUAGAAGGCUAUGAGGUUGUACUGCCUCAAGGCAGUCUCACAUCGUUCUACUCGAGAUGUCAAAGCUAUGGCAAGUGGAGCAACUCUGACUACAGAUGCGUCCCUGUGGAUUGUGGCAUGCCUGAUCCCCUUGAAAAUGGGAAUGUCACUUACCUGUCAGGAGCUGAGGAAACUCGCUAUCAAGCUCUUAUCCGCUAUGAAUGCCAUAAGCCCUAUUACGCGGAAAAGGACAGUGGAAACGGGGUUUAUCAGUGUUCAGCCAGUGGAGAAUGGGUGAACGAAGAAAAGAAAACAGAGCUUCCGGUUUGCACCCCAGUCUGUGGAGUUCCUCAUACACCCAUCGAAGGAACAGGGCGGAUUUUCGGAGGGUGGCAUGCUAAGGCAGGGAAUUUUCCUUGGCAGAUUUAUUUUCACCACCCACGAGGUGGUGGAGCUCUUAUUUCCGACCGCUGGAUACUGACUGCAGCUCAUGUGGUGGAUGAGAAUCCAAACCCGACAGUCUACGCUGGGUUACUCUUUGCCGGCUCAAACGCCCGGAGCAAAGCGAAGCCACUAGUUGUGGAAAAGACAAUCAUUCAUCCCGACUGGAUUAGAAGUGGAACAGAACUCCGGACAAAUUUUGAUAAUGACAUUGCUUUGUUGAAACUGAAGGAACGUGUGACAAUGGGACCCAACAUUUCGUUGAUCUGCCUGCCCGGUAGAUCUUCAGAAUAUAAGCCAAAGACUGGAACCUUAGGCUUCAUAGCUGGCUGGGGCCAGACAGAAAAAAGGGACUCGUCACAUAGACUCAUGGCAGCCAGUGUCGCCGUGCAGGACAUGGACAUGUGUCGAAGUCAGAAGCCGGAUCUCCCAUCAGACUCUUCGUCCUAUGUCUUCACAGACAAUAUGAUUUGUGCUGGGGGUGGUGGGAAAGACAGCUGUCAUGGGGACAGUGGGGGGGCAUAUGCCAUCCUUGAUCCUCAUAACGACACACGAUACUAUGUGGCUGGGCUGGUUUCUUGGGGCCCCAAAUGUGGUACUUAUGGUCUUUACACUAAAGUGGCAAACUACGUGGAUUGGAUUGUAGGGGUCAUGAGCCAGCAUGACUCUCAAGAACCAGAAGAAUAGUCACAUCCUAUCCCAGGGUCUCCUCAAGCACUAUUUUGAUAUUCUGUUCCAUCGGUCCUAACCCACAAAAGAGAUGUUUGCCGCUCAGGUCCAUAUUCUUGCGGCCUGCUUUCCAUUACUUCCUUUUCUUCUGUCUUCAUGAAAAGCAAAACAGCAUCCGCCAACUGAUUUCUUGCUACCUGUAUGAUUGGUGAGCAUGCCAAUUCUUGGAUAUACUAAAUAUCUAGCCCCCUGCGAUUAUAACCAGUUGGAAAAAUCCCAUAAAUUUCAACCUCACCGGAUCACGAGGCAGGACAAGCUGGCCAAAUGACAUGUUACCAGAAGAGCACAGAUUAAGAACUAGCACACUCACACUCUCAUUGAAAUGAUGGAUGGUUGUUGUCUGCAGCUGUUGUUCAUUACAAUGGUCCUUGUAACAGAAAGUCUUCCUGUCCAGUUGUGCUCUGUAUUACUGUAAUUAGCAGGAGGAUUGUGGGUAGCUAUGCUCUUUGCUUCUCCCUCACACACUAAAAAGCAUUGAACUGCUCUUGCCUGCCCCAUCGGGACAAAAUCCAGUUCUUGUGAAUAGGGUUUAAUGAUGUAAUCAUUAACUCAAACCCAAUGUUUGAGUUUUUUCAGCUGCUUUCCUCUCUUUCUUUCUGCAUAUCAUUCAUUUAAAAUUCAGAGGAUGACUUCCUUUUUGUUGUGACAGUGGCAUUAGCCUCGGCCUUGCAACGAUAGUGUAGUAACUGAGCAACUGAAUCUGAAGGAAGGACCAAGGGGUACUGUCAUGGGGAGAGGCACUCAGCCAAUGUGUUUACCCUUACAAACUGGAAAGAUUCUAGGAGCUGUGCCCUCUAGGAAGGCCGGAAGGCAAGGCAGCCGUGGCUCACCACUCUGGCGAUUGGGUCCCAAGCGCAGACCAAGUAUGUGGUAGCAUCUACUCUUGACUUGAAGACAGACCUUUGCCUCUCCUGUUCCAGAUAUUUUCAUGCCACAGAAUUCUGGGCAACUUGUGGCAGUGAUGGCACAGACUGGCCAACCUUUAGAAAUGUGGAGACAAAUAAAACAAGGCUUCUGAAAUGGCGAAGCACUAGUGCAAAGGAAGGAGUAGCAAGGAACUAGCCAGGAUACUAUUGGCAGGUUAGACCAUUGCAAGGUCAAGGGCAUAAACUGCAAAGGCGAAUUGCCGCUAGUUUUAACAGCUGCUGCUUGAAUCUCAUUAAACAUCAGAUCUCAUAAAUGGUGCACAGUGAGGGAUAUAAGUGGAAAUUCAUUAACUACUAAUAAUUUGCCACCGCAUUUAUGUCAUUACACUUACGCUGGUAUAACUACCUGUAGGAUUCUGGUAAGAUACUACAUUUGAUCUAAGCCAAAAAGAGAAGUGAUUUUGACCACAGUGUGUUUAAAAAAGCUACACAAACAUCUGUGCGGUAAAAGGGAGGAAAA